AUGGCAGCAAAAGAAGUGGGAGCAAAAUUAAAACACAAGUUUGAAAUGCCACGAAGGAUCAGCCCCCUGCAUGAUGCCUUUCAUCAUAUUACGUCAAGGACUGACAAAACAGACACACUGGAUGUGAAGUACAUCAAUGCAGUGAAAGGACGUGGUGUAUUUGCUAAGAGAACAAUCAGCAAAGGACAAUUUGUUGCUGAGUAUAGGGGAGAUAUGAUAGAUGAUGCAGAAUAUCAGCGCAGAAGAAGCCUUUACCACCCGAUGUGUGCUGCGUUUAUGUUUGCAUUUAAGUGGAGAGGGAAGACAUGGUGCAUUGAUGCCUCACAAGAAGAUGAGUCAUUUGGACGGCUCGUGAAUGAUGAACACAGGGGGCCAAAUUGUAGGAUAAAAAGGAUUGAUGUGAAUGGGAAGCCACACCUCUGUUUGUUUGCCGUGGACGACAUUAAACAAGGAGAAGAAAUUACCUAUGAUUAUGGAGGUGAAGACUGCCCAUGGAGAACACAAAUGACCAGCCCUACAGUGAGUGGUGUGGCUUUAGAUGGCUCUUGUCCUUUCCUGUCUGCGAAUCAGACGUUUGAUGCUGCUGGUCCCAGUGACAGCCAACAGAUGACCAGCACCACAGCUCAUGACAUGACUUCUGGCUGCUAA